UCCUACUAGCGGGUAAUGUGGAGGAUGCAGGAAGGCAGGACCGUGUCGCCCUUAGGACCGGUCGUCCUACCGCGAGAGGAAGCCGAUAUGCGUGCCGGUUUAUCGUUGCCGCCGCAAGAAAGGAGGCCUGUGUUACUCGUACGCACUGGCGAGUCUUUCCCGAGGUAUGACAGCGUGCGACAGCAGCAGUCACCGUCGAGCUCGCCAAUCCUGCGAUCCGUCACUGUCGAGAAGGAUCCGCAGGGCAGGGAGAAACGGUCGAAUGAUGAGGAGGAGGAGGAGGAGGAGCAAGACGAGGAGGAAGAGGAUGAGGCCGAGGAUGAGCGGGACGCGACGGCCAGGCGAAACGUCGUCGUCGAUGAGGAGGACGAUGAGGAGCAGGAGGAAGAGGAGGAGGACGAAGGACGGUCCGAGAGACAUCGGAACGGCAGCUACCACGAAGACGGGGACGUCGAGGUCGACGUGUGCCGCGAGGACGUCGACGAGAGUAAUCCCAGCAGCCCGGUGGAUCUCACGGCGCCCUCGUCGAGGGGCGUCGCGUCCGAACAAUUCGUUCAUCCGUUCGCCAACCGCGUGCAUUCGUUCACCUGUGUGCAAAGUGCCACUGGCCACGGGCCCGCCGGCCACGGGACACCAGUGUAUAUAUCCGGGCACGGCGCUACCGGCUCGGCCGUCAUGACGGUGUGUACUUCCGGUGGUGUGGCGCGCACCACCACCGGCACGUCGACAGGUAGCAUUACCACGACCGCCACCAGCACGGUGCAGACGAACAACAAGCGGUGCCUCGCCUUCUCCGUCGAGAAUAUCCUCGACCCGAACAAAUUUACCGGUGGCCGCGUCGUCCACAAUCGUGUGCAGCAUCGUCGACAUCGGCGCGCCGGCAGCGUACACGAAGACGGUGACUCGCGGGGCGAGUUCGCCUGCGGCAGUGGUCAGGAAGAUGAGGAAGGUACACCGGAUACCGUCAUGGAGGAAAUGGAGGAAGAUGGCGAGGAGGAGGAAGAAGACGAGGAGAUUGAAAUGCGGAUCAUCGAUCAGGAUUCCAGCAGCGUUGGACGGGAAAAUACAACUAGCAGCGGCACCAAUACUACCACGACGAACUGCAAGAAACGACAAUCCUCGUCGUCAUCGACAUCCUCGAGUGGCGUUCAAGUACAAAACUGUCAGGGUCAAACUCAAAACGGACAGAAUGGCACCGGUGGUGGUGGUGGUGGUAGUGGUGGUGGUAGUGGUAGUGGCGGUGGCGGUAAUGGUGGCGGAAGUGGCGGGAGUAACAGUAAUACCAGUGGCAAACCUAGAAGAGCGCGAACGGCCUUUACAUACGAACAGCUAGUUAGGCUAGAGAACAAGUUUAAGACAACCAGAUACCUGUCCGUGUGCGAGCGUUUGAAUCUAGCGCUCGAGCUGCAGCUGACCGAGACCCAGGUGAAGAUUUGGUUCCAGAACCGGCGGACCAAGUGGAAAAAGCAGAACCCGGGUCUGGACGUAAACAGUCCCACAGUGCCAACGACACCGUCGCAUCCGUCGCCAUACGCGCCCGCCUUCCUCUUCGCCGCGCAUCCUCACCAGCACCCAUUGCCACAUUCGCACACGCACCCGCAUCCGCAUGCCCACGUACACCACCCGCCACCGCCGGUACCGCCGCCGCCACCCGGGUACUACCACCCGGCGGCCCCACCUUACCCGCCGACCGGACCGACCUUCUUCGGCCAUCAUCUGUCGGCGACUCCUGCUGCGACUGCGUCGGGACCGCCGCCGACCUCUACGCCUUCCUCCACCGGCUUGGCUCUCUCGUCUCAUCCGCAUCCGCAUACGCACCCGCACGCGUAGCGAAAUCGGCGAUGAUACCCGGCAUCAGCGUCCUCGCCUUCGUAGUCCUCGGCAAGGAAACGGUGGGCUCGUGUGAGUACCUUCGGCCGUGGCAAGAAAAGUACCAGGAUAAAAGCGCAAAUUACCCACGUUCGUAUAUUUAGAAAAAAAAAAAGAUUUGUAGUCUCUUAUUGAUAUCGUUUGAGGACGUUCGCCAAUAGUUCGUCGUUUUUCCUGGUGAAAACGUUUUUCUUGGCCAUCGCGAUUAUUUUCUAUCAAAUCGGUAGAACAUCGUGAUUCGUUAUUCGUAAUGUGAAAAAGAAACAAAUUGGCCAUUUUUGAAAACAGCACAAGUCAGCACAAUUUUUAUUGGAAAGUAUUGUAUGAAAUUUUUAAGAAUAUUUUCAAUUCAGAGACGACGUUUAAUGUUUUUCUUAUUGAUUUUAGUUUCUGGACUUGUACCGUUUUCGAAAUAUAGAUAAAAUACGGAACAAUGUCUUAGCAUCGGCAAGUAGUAAAAUUUUUGUUCGAAAUAUAUAUAUAUAUGUU